UUUAAGAUCAAGUCUGAAUUUUUAUUUCACACUCAGUUUAUUAAUAUUUUGACAAUUUUAAGGAUGUUAUUUUAUGCUCAUAAAUAUUAUACAUUUUAAUAUUAUCCUUAUUCAAUAAAGUUGGUUUUACAAGAACCCAUAAAGUUGAUGUCAAAGUGGUAAAGGGUGAGAUUUGAGAUGCAAGGAUUCAAUGAAGGGUAUUCUUAGCUCUUAAUUUUUUUAUUUUUUAUUUUUGGAAUUAAUUGGUUGUAGUUUUAGUAAGUCUAAUCGUGGAAAUAAUUAAUAAAUGAUUUUUUUUUGUGCCUUUCUUUUUUAAUUUCUAAUCCAAUUUUAUGUUAAAAAGUUUAAAUCUUAUUAGAUUAAACACAAUACAUAUUUUCUUUCUUUCUUACAAGUCCUCUAAAUUUGAUUCAGAUAAUAUAUUUUUAAUAUAAUAAUAUGAUGUAAGAAAUAUGAAUAGUAAUAUAAUAGUGCCUUAAUCUAAUCUAAUAAUAAGUUGAGACCACUUAAACUUCCUCGCCAAAUUAAAAGACAAAAAAAUUGUGAUGACACUAAACAAUUAAAAAAAUAUAAUUGUAAAUAUUUUCUUUAUUUUUGUUAAUAUAUAGAUAGACAAACCUAAUUUAAGAAAUUAAUAACUAAUAAUACACAUAUCUCGGAUUUUCCAAAAUAGAAGCUUAAAUAAGAAACUUCUACUCGAAAAUAUUACCAAAAAAAAAAAAAAAGAUCAAACUUUCCACAAGUGCUAAAAUCUUUCCAAUUUUGAAUCACUUGCCAUUAAAUUGUCUCAUUUAAUUCGUUCCAAUCCUCUAUUAACGAGGAUUCUCUUCUUGCCUUGCUCAAACCACAGAGCAAGCCCUAUAAAAUCAUGCACAGGCCCACCCAGGCCAUGACUCCCUCCGCUGAAUCUUCUGAAAAAAUUAUACAAAAGAGAUCAUCUAAAACGAAGAGACCAUAGUUAUGGCUUCAAAAGAAACCCAGAAAUGGAGUCGGGAAGAGAACAAAAUAUUUGAGAUGAACUACGAGCAUCUCAUGAAAGAAGAGUGGGAAAGGGUCGCUUUGCUGCUUCCUAACAAAACUGUGGAUGAUAUCAAGUUGCACUAUAAGUACUUGUUGGAGGAUAUUGAGCUGAUCGAGUCUGGACUGGUUCCUCUUCCCAGUUAUGCUGAUGAUAAUGACGAUAAUUAUGAUGAUGAUGAUAAUGACGACUGCAAGGAGAUACUGAAGCAGGAAGAUGGUAAUGGCGGUAGAAUAAAUGUCCGAGAAUCCCAGUGAAGAUCGAGAAGAACCUUCAUCUUCUUGCUUUAACAAAGUUUGAGUAAUGAACUGAAAUUAGAACUACUGGCAUGAAGUUACUAACUAAUAUACUGGGGUUAUCAGAGAAGAAAUUAGUGCUUGUUCUUUUGUUUUUUCUUUUUUGGUUUGUUUCUUUUAUUUUUUAUUCUUGUUCUUGUUUUUAAUUGCUUGAUUUAUGUAGUGAGAGAAAGUCACUCGAAUUUAAAUUUUAUUAUUCUAAUAAAAACAUGAGUCAAAUUUCAGUUAAUAUUCACUCUUUAAUUGAAGUCAAAUUCCAGUUAAUAUUAUUCUUUAGUUGAUAUUUUUAUCGCUAUUAUAUUUAAUCACAAUCCACGGCUCGUCGUAAAAGCGAAAAUUUACCCGGUAUAGAAAAGAUGACUCAAACUUAAAAUUUAUCAUUCUCAAGAAUAAAAGUUCAUGCCAUUUGAGCUAAGGUAUUGUUUGGCUUGAGGAAUUUUAAAAUCUAUGAAUUUUUAAAAUUUUAUCGAUAAGAUAAAUUUUUGAGGAUAAUAUUAGAAAAAAAAUUAUGAUAACCUAUCAUUCUUUUAAAAUGGUAGAUUUUAGACUUUUUCAUCUUCUAAGUGGAAAAUUAAAAUCCUAAAAAAACAAGUAAUUUUAACAGACGAGUGAUUUUUUAAAAUCUAUGAAUUUAGACUAGUUUUUUUUUUUUAUUUACGAACGAUAAAUUUAAACUAAAUUCAUGAAUUUUAUAAAAUUUUCUGUAUGAAAUCCAUCAAUCCAAACCAUUCUAAAUCUUUUAUGUGUAGAGAAAGAAAUUUGAUAUUUAGUAUUGGAUGCAAUUAGAAAGAAAGAUACUCACAUUAUUAGUAGUUCAAUUCUAUGUGUAGUUUUUUUUUUUUAUGUGUUUAUAUAGAAUUUGUCGGGAAGUAUGCAAUUUAAUUUUAAGAA